AUGGAUUUUUCAGAUUCCUCAAUUAUAACUUUAGUUGACAAGAUUAAGGUGGAGAUGUUUGUGGACAUGGAUGUGUAUUCAUUUGUUGCACCAUCUGCUUAUGAUACUGCUUGGCUAGCCAUGGUUCCGGAUUCUCGCCGCCCGGUGCAACCCUUGUUUAUGGAUUGCCUAGAUUGGGUUCUAAACAACCAGAGAGAAGAAGGGUUUUGGGGAGAUAUUGAUGGUCAUGGCAUGCCUACCAUUGAAUCUCUCACUUCAACCCUUGCUUGCUUGAUUGCACUCAAAAAAUGGAAUGUUGGGGAGUCAUCAAUUCAAAAAGGAUUGGAUUUUGUUCAUGAAAAUGCUGAGAUGUACAUUGAAGAAAUAAAAGAUUGCUGUCCUCGCUGGUUUGCCAUUAUUUUCCCAGCAAUGUUGGAGCAGGCACGCUCGUUAGGCCUCAACAAUAUCUUGUCUAACCAUGUGAUGGACAUAUUCAUCGAGCACCGAAGAAUUGUUGAGAAGGAAGAACUUGUCGAGACAUGCCACUACCCUCCAUUACUAGCAUACCUCGAAGCACUUUCUCCCAACAAAAUUGAUAAAGACCAGAUAGUAAAUCACUUGAGUAGUGAUGGCUCUCUAUUUCAGUCUCCCUCUGCCACAGCAAGUGCUUUCAUGAUUACUGGAAAUAAAUACUGUAUGGCUUACCUGAAAGCUAUCAUUCAAAGAUGUCCCAAUGGAGUUCCAGCUACGUAUCCGAUUCAUGAAGACCUAAUAAGGCUUUGCAUGGUCAACCAACUACAGAGACUUGGAUUGGCUGAGCACUUCACAAAAGAAAUCAAAAACAUGUUGACACGUGUGCACAAGAAUUAUUCUACUAACCAAAGGUCAACGGUCAAAGAUUUCAAUUUACUUCACCUGUACAAGGAUUCUUUGGCCUUUUGGCUUCUGAGGAUAAAUGGAUAUAUAGUAUCACCAGGUAGCUUUUGUUGGUUUAUGCAACGUGGAGAUAUUAAAGAUCAAAUUGAAAACAACUACGACGACUACUUUUCAAGUGUUAUGCUUAAUGUAUACAAAGCCACAGAUCUCAUGUUUCCUGGGGAAGAAGAUCAACUUGAGGAGGCUAGAUGUUUAGCAAGGAAGUUGCUUGAAAACGCCAUAUCGACCACAAGUGGAAACCAAAAUCAUUUGCAUAAACUGAUUGAGCAUGAAUUGAAAACGCCGUGGCUAGCUCGACUAGAUCACCUAGAACACAAGAUGUGGAUUACUCAAGAACGUGACUCUACCCUUCUCUGGAUGGGAAAAUUCUCCUUUCACAGGUUGUCAUACCAUAAUAGUGAGCGACUAACACAGCUUGCGGUGCAAAAUUACAAGUAUCGACAAUCAAUUUACAGGAAAGAACUGGUGGAACUGAAAAGAUGGUCAAGGGAAUGGGGUUUAAGUGAGAUGGGAUUUGGUCGAGAGAAAACAACCUACUGUUACUUCGUUGUGGCUGCCAGUACUUCGUUGCCUAAACACAGCGAUGUGCGAUUAAUAGCCGCAAAGAUUGGGAUAUUCAUCACUGUCGCAGACGAUUUCUUUGAUGAGCAUGCUUCUUUGGAUGAAUUACAGAACCUAACUCAUGCAAUUCAAAGGUGGGAUGGUAAAGGAUUGAGUGGGCACAGUAAGACCAUAUUUGAAGUUCUGGAUGAUCUUGUGAGAGAAAUUGCUAAAAAAUAUAAGGAGCAACAAGAAGGAAUCGAUGUAUCAGACAGUCUUAAAGAUCUAUGGUAUGAGACAUUCCUUGCAUGGCUUACUGAGAGUCAAUGGAGCAAAAAUGGUCACAUACCAUCAAUGGAUGAGUACAUUGAAACUGGCAUGAUUUCAAUUGCUUCACAUACUAUACUUCUUCCAGCUUCAUGUUUCUUGAACCCAAGCUUAGCUCAUCACCAACUCAAGCCUCUUGAGUAUGAGAACAUCACCAAACUCCUCAUGUUAAUCACUCGCCUGUUGAAUGACACACAAAGCUAUCAGAAGGAACAAAAGUCAGGGAAAAAGAACUUUGUUUUACUCUACUUGAAGGAAAACCCAGAAGCAGAAAUUGAAGAUGCAAUUGAAUAUGUGGGAGAGAUCAUUGAGAAGAAGAAGAAAGAGUUCUUUGAGUAUGCUUUGAUGGAUGGAUUGAGUGAAAUGCCCAAAGAAUGUAGGCAUCUUCAUUUGGGUUGUCUCAAAGUGUAUCAAAUGCUGUUCAACUCCAGCAAUAGAUACGAUUCCAACACAGAAUUGAUUCAAGAUAUUCAAGAGGCAUUUUAUCAGUCACCUGAUCCAGAAAUUGGAGUAUCAUCAUCAAAAUCAUCGUCAAUCAAGUCCACAAAGAAGCCUGUGUCUCUUCCGCAGCCUCUAUCAUUCAAAAAGCAGAACAAUCAAACAACCAGUUACUAUCACAGCAGCUUUGACUACAAGGGAAGCAAUAAUAUUGCUGUGAAGUGGGCCUCUUGGCCUAAAUGGAGGGUAGAUGGAUACAACAAGUCCAUGUUUGUGACCCCAAAAUUCUCACCAUGUUUCUUUUGAAUUGAUCGGCAUAUAAUUGUGUACUAUCAGUGGUGGAUCCAUAUAUGAAUAAUCCUCUACCUAGCUGCUUAUAUGUGUGUGUAUGUGUGUAUCUAUGUGUAUAUAUAUAGACAUAUUUCCAUGUCUAUAUUCAAGGAAGAACAUUCACGGGAUCUGCGUGGAUUUCUCAUCGAUCUGUAGUUGCUGAAUCGUCAAUGCAUACGGAGGUGUAAAGGCUGUACAUAUCUAUCUCCUUGUACUGCCUGAGUAAUUCUUUCCACACCUUGAUUGCAGUCAUUGUUGCUUCAUGUAUUCAUUCCUGUUGAAAUGGCAAUUUUCACUGAUUAUCUUGUCGAGUUCAUCGGAUAUUAUAGCAUGGCUCCAUGCAUAAUCUACCAAGCCUCUCCAGUCCUCAAACAUAGGAAGUUUCAGGAUUACCCAACUGAAAUAAUGCAUCAAACGAA